GGGCCUCUCAGACUUUAUGUAUAUAAAGAUCUACCAUUAGCGCGUUCCGCAACAACUGGCGAUCGGGAACAGGAUCAGAAGCCUUCACCAACUAAAGACGAAGAAGAACUUCCACCAAUCAAGGAUGAAAAGAAACUUUAUCAGUUUAGAACGAAGAAGAGUUCUCCACCGAUCAAGGACGAUGAAGAAGCCUCCGAGAAAGAAAAAAGAAGCUCUUUCACGGGUCCAGAGAAGUCAGCCAUGCCUAAAGCUGUAGAAGAACGAUGUGGUCAUGACUCUAAAUUGGAGAAGAUUCUAAUUGUCAUGAUCGAGCAAAUGAAGAUACAGCACGACAAAAUGAAGACGCCAGCUAAGAUCUAUAUGAUCACUAAGCAGGGACGUGCAAAAGUUCGUCUCAGACGAAGAGACACGGAACGCAUUCGCCUAGAUCUAACAGGUACGGACCGGUCGAAAGAAGAUCCAACGAAAUGGAACAUGCUACGUCAUCGAAGGCCGAAUCUACUAGCAUUAGAAUGGUGCAUGCAGUUGCAGGUUUACAUGCAGUCACGCAGACUUGGAGAAGCAGUAUGCAAAAGUCUUCAAGUGCGGAUUGAGAAAUUGCACAAAGAGCAAAGCAAUGCUGUUCUUGAAGGACCAUUCGAUUCCUGUCUUCAAGAAAAAGCAACCAGCCUCAUACGCAACCCCACCGGAGUUGAGGCAAAAAUUGAUAGAUUGGUUGCCGAGGGAGUGAUUUCUGCAGUAGAACGCUCAGAAUCGGCUGCGCCAGUAUUAUUGGGUGUACAACUUAAUUCGGUCCGUUUGCAAAAGAUGGCGUUAGGUGCUAUAAAUGUUUGA